AUGGCCCCGGAUCCGGUUCCGGCACCUUCGCCGGAUCCGGCCGGGACCGCACCAGAGGAGUCAUCCACACUCGUCAAGCAGGUGCACAAGAUGCUGACACCUCCGGCGGAUCUGCUCGAAUGGAAGGAUAUGCCACAACAUCUUCAGUUCAACCCGUACGUGCUCACGGGCUAUCGGCCUUUGCAGGGCGUGAAGGGAUGCCUCAGCAGCCUGUUCUACGUUCACAAUGAAACCAUCAACAUACUUACACACGGCAUUCCAAUUGUCUACAUCCUCGCAACCGUGCCGGCAAUGAUGCCAUGGGAGAAAGACUACCGCUUUCUGUCGUGGUGUCAUCUGGUCGGCUCCGUUGCACCGUGGUGCGGCAGCUUCGUCUACCACCUGUUCAUGAACCUGGAGAACGGCGAGGGCAUCUACUAUCGGCUGCUGCAGCUGGACAUGCUUGGCAUAUGGAUCAGUCAGAGUUUCGGAGCACUACCGAUGGUAACGGCAACGGUGUAUUGUUUGAAUUUUCCGUUAAAAUGGCUACUAAUCAUUUCCUACUCGCUGCUGUGCAUUUGGGGCCUCUUCAAGGCAAUGACGGCUUCGUCACCUUGGCAGCGGCGGUUAUGCUUUCUGCUGCCCUUUAGCAUGCGUAUCGUGCUCACGUUGCUGCGAAUUUCAAAGCUCGGUGGCGGAAAUCCUACCUCACUCACCCACGUGUUCCUGCAGGACGCCGUGUCAGCAGUGGGUGGAGUAAUUGGUGCGAUGCACAUUCCCGAGAAAUGGUUUCCCGGAAGUGUUGACAUCUACUUGAACUCGCAUAACAUCAUGCAUGUCCUGGUGGUGGUCGCCGUCUACUCCAUGCACCAGGCCACCAUACGCGACAUCGAGUGGAUGCAGCGAGCCGAAUGCAACGGGCUCAACUAUACCUCAACGCUGAACAUAGACUCCAUAAACGGGUCACACCUGGAGCUAUGACUUGCAGCAACCCCAGCAACAUUAGCAAACCCAGCAACGUGCGCAGCUCGGUCCGUCAAUUUGCUCUUUUUCACGAAUCACCGAGCUGUUCAAAACGGCCCGGUACGCGAGCGUAUUGAACGUAAGCCUUCGGUAAACUAAUUAAACCUCGUCAUCCAAAACCACGUUGGGUGCAGAGAGAAAAAAACAAAAAAAAAGGUGAGAGUGGGGAUGACGGAAAAGAAAAUGGAAAAACGGAAACACGGGAAGAACCAA